GUUCAUGAUAAUUACGGGAUAGUGCUGUCAAUGAUGAGCGCUGCUUCAGAUCUCGUUAUCCUGGUAACAGCUUGGACGCACGUCUUGCUGGCACCUUACACUAAAGUCGAAGAAAGCUUCAACCUUCACGCAACGCACGACAUCCUCAUGUAUGGUACUGAUAUUGAAGGUCUUCAUAAUUAUGAUCAUUUUGUCUUCCCAGGUGCUGUCCCUAGAUCGUUCGUAGGAAGCCUCGCUCUAGCUUGGCUUUCCGCACCCAUUUUGAACGCUGGUGGCUUCGGGCUGAUUGAAACGAAAUUGGACAUUCAGAUCCUUGUGCGCCUAACCUUGGCUACACUAAACGCAAUGUCCCUUUGCUUGAUCCGGCGAUCUGUCGCUCGCCGCUUCGGCCGACUGACUGGUCUUUACUUCGCGGCGGUCACUUGUUCGCAGUUUCAUUUGCCUUUCUGGAUGGGUAGAACACUGCCAAAUAUGCUUGCACUCACGCCAGUCAAUUUCGCGUAUUAUUUUAUUCUUAGCAGAGCACCUAGCUCAAUGAAGCCUUCCACGCGUAGCACGCACUGUGGAAUCGCACUCAUGACGGCCACGGCCGUCAUAUUGCGAGCAGAGGUUCUGCCACUACUAGGUCCGAUUGUGUUUCAAGCUCUCGUGUGCAGGUAUACCACAUUUGUUAAGGUACUCAAGGUUGGACUCGUAUCAGGCCUGAUCUCUCUCGCUCUCACUGUUCUAGUCGAUUCGUUCUUUUGGCAACAGUGGCCGCUGUGGCCCGAAUUUUCCGGUCUCUAUUUCAACGUAUACCAAGGCAAAAGUGCAGAUUGGGGUGUUUCUCCUGCACACACCUAUUUCACAUCAUUCCUUCCCAAGAUUCUAUUGUCGGCACUACCGCUGUCCCUCCUCGGUGCUGCCAUUGAUGGUCGCGUCCGCGAAAUUCUCUUCGGCCCGCUGGUGUUCGUGGGCCUCAUAAGCGCGUUAGGACACAAAGAGUGGCGAUUCGUCAUAUACGCCGUGCCAAUGUUCAACGUCGCCGCCGCUAGAGGCGCUCGAUGGCUGUUCCCUUCUCCUAUUAAUGAGAGUGAUAGAACUGGCCUACGAAAGAGCGCGCUUCUUGGUAGGAUGUGCUUCCUGUCCGUCCUUGCCAUGCUUGCUGGCAACUGCCUUGUCACGUUCCUCCACACUCAAGCAUCGAUAGCGAAUUAUCCCGGCGGAGUGGCUUUGUCUCGGUUCAACGAAAGAUUUUCCUCCACAGAUUAUGUGCACGUACACAUAUCCAACCUCGCAGCCCAAACGGGAGCCUCUCUCUUCCUUCACGAACGUGCACCGCCUUAUCCUCCCUACCUGGUCCCCCCAAACGCUUUGCAUUGGACGUACAAUAGGACGGAGUCGUUGGAUGCGCGAGCUUUGACGAACGCAGCCCAGAUCACCCACCUUAUAGCCGAGUCUCUCGAUGACUUCGACAUGAAGAGGAAAUGGUCGUUGGUCGACACUGUGUCUAGCUUCGACGGCUGGCGACUGAAUCUUGGCGUGCUGAAGAAGGGGGGGAGUAUAAAAGACCUCCUCACAGUCUUGCAAAUGGUCCAGACUGAAAAACUGUAUAUCCUAGAGCGAUACUAACUGAUAAGUCGAUACGCCGCAGGAUUUUUGUAAU